AUGAACCGUAGUUUGUUACCAUCUAUCUUACCUAUCUAUCUAUCUAUCUAUCAUUCUCAGCCUGCCUAUCUAUCUAUAAUUCUUAGCGUAUCUAUCAUUCUCAGCCUACCUAUCUAUCUAUCUAUCUCAGCCUAUCUAUCUAUCUAUCUAUCUUUCUCAGCCUAUCUAUCUAUCUAUGUAUCUAUCUAUCUUUCUCAGACUAUCUAUCUAUCAUUCUCAGCCUAUCUAUCGAUCUAUCUAUCAUUCUCAGCCUAUCUAUCGAUCUAUCUAUCAUUCUCAGCCUAUCUAUCUAUCAUUCUCAGCCUAUGUAUCUAUCUUUCUCAGCCUAUCUAUCGAUCUAUCUAUCAUUCUCAGCCUAUCUAUUUAUCAGUCUCAGCCUAUCUAUCUAUAAUUCUCAGUCUAUGUACAAUUCUUUAUCUAUCUAUAAUUCUCAGUUUAUAUCUAUAUCUAUAG